CCAAUCACACACAGCAAAACUAGGUUGACAGUGGGACUGGACCCGAUUGUCAUCGGCGAUGACCUCACUGGUAAUACUGCUGCUAGUAGAGAAUGUUCGCUGGCAACUAGUGAACGACGACUGGAAAACUAUUGAUAAAGCUGCCCUGCCCUCUCAAUUGACAGGUUUUCGACAUACCUGCUUGCUCCUUUACGACAUCAACUCUAAAGUAAUUCCCAACUUAUUGAUACCCCUAUAAAUUGCCACGAUGCCCUACCCGGAGACGACCGACGCUUUCGCCGUCACUGACAUUAAGAACGGAAACUGGAGCAACUUCACACGGAAAGAGCUUCCCCUCAAGAAGUUUGAGGACUACGACGUCGACAUCGCCAUUGAGGCGUGCGGUGUUUGCGCGUCCGAUGUUCACACCAUCACCGGAGGCUGGGGAGAGGAGAUCCCGCUCCCGCUGUGCGUAGGCCACGAGGUCAUUGGCAAGGUCGUCAAGGUCGGCUCCAAGGUCAAGAACCUCAAGGUUGGCGACCGCGCAGGUGUCGGCGCCCAGAUCGGCGCGGACCUCACCUGCAACAACUGCAAAGCCGACCAGGAGAACUACUGCCCCAACGCCAUCGACACAUACGGCGCGCCCCACCCUGAUGGCACCAUCGCACAGGGCGGCUACUCCAGCCACAUCCGCGCCCACGAGUAUUUCACCUUCAAAAUCCCCGAAAACCUCGAGACCUCCAUCGCCGCACCAAUGCUGUGCGCCGGCCUCACCACAUUCUCCCCCCUCAAGCGGUUAGGCACCGGCAAGGGCAAGAAGGUUGCCAUCGUAGGCCUGGGCGGGCUCGGCCACUUCGGUGUCCUCUGGUCCGUCGCCCUCGGCGCAGAGACCUACGUGAUCUCGCACUCGGACUCAAAGAAGGACGACGCGCUCAAGCUCGGCGCAAAGGAAUUCAUCUCCUCCAACAAGGACAAGUGGUUCGAGCCGUACGCCUUUCAGUUCGACAUUAUCCUCAACUGCGCCGACGCCACCGACAAGUUCAACCUGCCCGACUACUUCAGCACGCUCAAGGUCAACGGCACCUUCCACAUGGUUGGGUUCCCGGACAACAAGCUGCAGCCGCUCGACGCGAAAGCGUUUGCGCCCAACGGGUGCUACAUGGGCGCUAGCCACAUCGGAAACAGGCCUGAGAUGGAGGAGAUGUUUGAGCUUGCGUCGAAGCAGAAUAUCAAGAGCUGGGUCGAGACAAUUGAUAUUAGCGAGGAGGGGUGCAAGCAGGCCGUGGAGCGGGUGUACAAGAAUGAUAACGUAAGGUUUAGGCUCACGCUUGUCAACUUUGACAAGGUGUUCGGAAAGAGGACGUGAGCGUGGGAAGUGGGUGAUGAUAAUGAGUGUGUAACGGUCGUUUAUGAUAGAUUAAUACCAGAGUUCUGAGAUGUACGCAGAUGCUCU